AUGGAUAAAGACACUACACUUCGGUCUCCGAAUGGACAAAUGUACCGCAAUCAAGAUGCCGUGGAUUAUUCAACGGACGUCGAAGCUACAAAGGAAGAAUCUAAUCACUUUAUUCUUAGCUCAGUUAACUUUAAGAAGAUGCGUUUGAAGAACCCAAAGUCUUUUUCACUCACUCAGUGUAGUCUUGAAGUCGACUUUGGAUUGUUUGUGGGUCAAGCUAGCGUCCGUGAUCCAACAGUCACAUAUUUUGAUCACUUUGUGCGAACAGCCGCUUUCGCACCUCUUGGACUUGUUAAUCUGAUGAAUGACGAGGAACCCAAACUUUAUAAAUGCUCCAUGCUCAAUCUUAAAUCACUGAAAUGUAAUCUUUCUCUUAUCGACACGUAG